UCGUGCCGCGGAGGCGUGACAUUAUCCAAGAUGGCGUUGAAGGAGUUGUCGUCGCUGGAGAAGGCGUUGGGCUUUAAAAAACCCAACAAAUACAGCACGCAAGGAAGCAGCAAGACACCCGUCCUCCAGAGCAACAGUGGCCCACCUCUCUGUGGCCUGCUCACUAUCGCCACCCACCUGGUGCGUGAGGCCCAGCGACCAGAGCUGCUAGGGGUCAGCGCAGAGCAAAGGGCUGUGGUGCAGCAGUGGCUGGAGUACCGGGCCACCCGACUGGAUGGCUGCCCCAAGGAGGAGGUCAGGAGUGUCCUGAAGGACCUGAACCAGCACUUGGAGGAUAAGGUCUACCUGGCUGGAGAUGCCUUCACCCUGGCUGAUAUGCUCAUGUACUAUGGGAUACAUCAUCUCAUGGUUGGGCUCUCAAUCCAGGAGAAGGAGACUUAUGUGAACAUCUCGCGAUGGUUCGACCACGUCCAGCACUACCCGGGCAUCCGGCAGCACCUCCCCCUGGUGGUGGUGCUGCGAAACAGACUGUACCCCAGCGGGCAGCACUGAGGACAGCUCCGGGUCCUCCUGCCAGCACCCACAGCUGGCCCAGAGACAGCUCUGAGGUUCCGGGCCUCUCCUACCAUCCCCAGCCAAGAUCUCAUUCCUCAGAUUGUGAUGCCAAGACCUGGCGGGUUUAAUGUGACUCUGAAUCGUAUCGAUGUCGUUGGGCAGUGACGUGUUUGUUUUUGUAAGAUGUACAGUAAGUGAUUUGAUUAUUUACACAUGUAAAACCAUAGAUGGCCAGGACCAGCUGUGCCAUUAAGGAUGAAGAGCAGCUUGUCUCUUCCCCUGCUGCUGGCUAUGUGUGCCCAACAGGGGGCGCUAGAUCACUAAGGGAGGCUGCACUAAUGGACGCAGGCGUGUCCUUGACAGCGUGUCCAGUUUACGCGCUGUAAUCUUACCCCGUGCUCCUGUCAGUUUUUGGUGAGGGGCUUCAGCUCAAUUGAGUGUAAGUCAAUCUGUGUGUGUAAGCUGGGGGGUGUUUUACCGGCUUGGUUAGAAUGUGAGUGCCCCCCACCCCUAACUAAGCAGUGCUGCUUUUCCCCACAUGGGUGUCUACAGCCUGUCCCCACGUCUCUGGCUCUUUGUGAUCUGCAAUCUUCUACCCCUCAUUUUUUCUUACUCUGUGCUUCAUAUGCCUCCCUCCUUUAAUGCUUGUAUGAAUGCCAACUGUUUGCAGCACUAAAUAAAGGGAAAUGGCUCUGCAGUAA